AUGGGAGCCGGUAUUACGCCAGGUGAGUGCAGUGAACAAGAUACUGUCAACAUCAGUCAGGAGGAAGUGUCUGAUAUGCUUUACACUCCCGCUGAAAUUGUCAUCGUAACCAUAAUCAUACCGAUCAUCUGGUGUCUUGGUGUCAUCAAUAACUUGACUUUCCUGUUUGUCAUGCUCCGCGUUCCCAAACUGAGAACAGACACUAAUCUAUACCUUGCACACAUGGCCUUAGCUGAUCUUCUCUUUCUGAAUUUGGCAUCUGUGAUACACAUUUGGAGAUAUUCUGCGUCUCUUGUCGCAUUUCACGAUCCCUUCGUAAAUUCUGCCUAUUGCACAGGCACUGUUAUCGCUUAUGAAACUGUCUACUAUGCCUCCAUUGCAUUAGUUACCAUGGUAUCAUUUGAGAGAUACCUCGGCCUGUGUCAUCCCAUUAAGCAUCGCACAAUCCGUGGACGAAGACGAACCUACAGAAUGAUUGCAAUCUGCUGGCUGGUAGGCUUGCUGGUUUCCAUUGCAACAAUGCCAGCAUUAGCAAAACUUAGAGUGCUAUGCCUGAAUUGGCCCGAUGAUGAAGCAUACCGAGACUACCCGUCAACGAAGGGUUACUGUAGUCCCUUAGCACCAUGGGUAGUCUACUACAUUUUGCCACUGUUGAGCAUUCCUUGGCUUAUUUCAAUGGUAGCCAACAUCUACAUGUACGUGCGGAUCUUAAAAACGCUAAACAAACGGAGCGGUAGAGAUGGCAUUGUCAGUAACGACCCCAACGCUAUACAAAUCCGAAACCAAGUGGCCAAGAUGCUGAUUGUUAAUGGCGUGGUGUUCUUCUUAUGCCAGACACCGUAUCAGAUCUUCAGCCUGGCUGGGUGGAUCAGCAACCUGGCUAAGAUUCCUAAUCCUUUAGAAGCUGGGAUAGGAAGAGGUGAUAUCUGGAUAUCCGUCAUUCCCCAGUACAUCAAUGCAAUGAUAAAUCCCUUGAUAUACGCUGCAAUGACUGCGACGUACCGUGCAGCAUUGACAGAGACAUUUUCCUGCAAAAAACAUCCCCAACAACAGGCUUCCUCUGCUCUUGCAAUAAUUACACCAGACCGAGGAAAUGCUACAACAGCAACCCCAGUCACGGAUGAGAACCCUGAAACCUGUGAGACCAGACUCUGA